AUGGCCUUCAGACGCCCCUCGACGCUAGCAGCGUCAGCGUCGCUGUUCUCCUCCGCAGUUGCUGCUGGUCGAUCUCGCACUGCUACCGCCCUGCCCCGAUUCAAUGCCACCCGCUCUUCCUCUAGCUCGACCUCAGCACUGGCAUACAAGGCAUUGCACCGUCGCUCUCCCCUGCCUCUGCCGGUCUCCGAUGCCUCGCCUCAAUGGGAUGCCCCGACUGCCGUCUCGAGCAUUCUGUACGAGACUCCCGUGCCUCCCUCCAACCCACCCAAGCGUCACAUCCUGAACUGCCUCGUUCAGAACGAGCCCGGUGUGCUAUCCCGUGUGUCCGGAAUUCUGGCCGCCCGUGGCUUCAACAUUGACAGCUUGGUCGUGUGCAACACCGAGGUCGAGGAUCUCUCCCGCAUGACCAUUGUGCUGAAGGGUCAGGACGGCGUGGUUGAGCAGGCUCGCCGCCAGCUGGAUGACCUGGUUCCCGUCUGGGCUGUUCUGGAUUACACCGAGUCGGCUCUGGUGCAGCGUGAGCUUUUGCUCGCCAAGGUCUCCAUCCUGGGCCCCGAGUUCUUCGAGGAGCUCCUCCAGCACCAUCGCGAGAUUACCAUGCCCACUGAGCACCUGGACAAGACCAAGCAGGGCCACUCUUUCGAGCAGAUCGAAUACCACCCCCGCAACCUGCCUCAGUCUCAAGCUCUGCGCCACAAGCAUGAGCAUCUGGAUGCCAUCACCCGCCUGACUCACCAAUUCGGUGGUAAGGUCCUGGACAUCAGUACCAACAACUGCAUUGUCGAGCUCUCCGCCAAGCCUAACCGUAUCGACUCCUUCCUCAAGCUCAUCGGUCCCUUCGGUAUCCUUGAGUCCACCCGUACCGGUCUCAUGGCUCUGCCCCGUUCCCCUCUGUCCGAGCAGAACGAGGACCUCGAGAAGGAGGCCGCUGACGUUGUCGAUGCCAGCACCCUGCCCCCUGGCUAA